GCGCGGGAAGGGAUUUACCUUGGUCCGGAAAUACUCGUUAACCCCGGAGAGGCGCCUGUCUCGCUCCAUCAGGUACCACUGGUGGUAAUUCGACGCUUGCCUCCCAGUUUGACAAAGGAACAACUGGAAGAACAUCUUCAGCCUUUGCCAGAACAUGACUAUUUUGAGUUCUUCGCUAAUGAUUCCAGUUUGUAUCCUCACAUGUUUUCCAGAGCAUACAUCAACUUUAAAAAUCAAGAAGACAUAGUACUGUUCAGGGAUCGCUUUGAUGGUUAUGUUUUUGUUGAUCACAAAGGUCAGGAGUAUGCUGCCAUAGUAGAAUUUGCACCUUUCCAAAAAUCUGCAAAAAAGAAGAAUAAGAAAAAAGAUGCCAAAACUGGGACAAUUGAUGAUGACCCAGAAUAUAAGAAGUUUUUGGAAAGUUACAGUGCAGAUGAUGAAAAGUUAACAUCGACUCCGGAAACAUUACUAGAGGAAAUAGAGGCAAGAAACAAAGAGUUAAUAGCUAAAAAGACAACUCCCCUUCUGAACUUCUUGAAAAACAAACAGAGACUGAGAGAAGAAAAAAGAGAGGAGAGGCGAAGAAGAGAAUUGGAAAGAAAAAGACAAAGAGAAGAAGAAAGGAGGAAAUGGAAAGAAGAAGAAAGAAGGAAAAGAAAAGAAGCAGAAAAACUGAAGAAAGUUGACAAAUGCCCAGAGAAAGAAAGGGAUAAAUCAAAGGACGAACCAAAGAUUAAGGUGCUACUUAAGAAACCAGAGAAAGAUGAAAGAGACAUGGAGAAAAAGGAGAAGUUCAAGAAACUGGAAAAAGAGAAUGCGAGGGAGGAAAAGGCUGCUGGUGCACUAAGCAGUAUGUCAGCCAAACGAUCUGAUGGAGAGGCUAAAGAGGAAAAAACAAAAAAAUCUGAAGAUGAAUAUGGAAAAGAUUACAGAGACCGGGAGAGAGACUUUGAAAGAGAGAGAGAUUAUGAGAGACUGCAGCGGGAGACUGAGGAGAAGGAAGGCUUUGAGAAGGAAAAAGUUUUUAGACGAAAAGAGGAAGAGGUGAAAAAGGAGAUAAAUUCACUCCGAGAGAAAGGAAGGAAAUGUGAUCUUACAGACUUUACAAGCAACACAGAAAAACCUGAGAAAAUAACCAAAGAGGACAAAAAAGAUGAUGCUGCCGCCAGGAGAGAUCGCAUCAGAAACAAGGAUCGCCCAGCAAUGCAGCUAUACCAGCCAGGAGCCCGAAGUCGAAGUAGACUGUGUUCUUAUGAAGACAUUGCUACAAAGUCUAUGGAUCAAGGAGCAGAUAAACAGGAGAGUGAAACCAGUAAUACAAAAGAAGAGGAGUGAUGAGCACACAGGCCUUAUAUGUUCUGAGUAUUCAAGCAGCCAAAGAGCAUGUACUACGCAAUCCAGAAGUGCCUUCAAAGAGAAGGAGGAACAAAGGAAGAAAAGGGGGCAUUGCGCUAUUGGAUGUUUCUAGUUAAAGAACCUCAAUCUGAAAUGUGUUCUCAUUGUUAUUGGAAUUUAUUUUCGUGGCAUCAGAUAACAAUAGGGAAGAAAAUGUUGCAAAGUAGAAAAGCUUUUUGUGGCCUUAAGUAUGAGAAAUGUAAGUCAUGUAAAUCAGGACGAUGACACCUAGAUCUAAAACCAGAACUUUUUUGUAAAGCAGUGCUAAACCAGUGUUUGAUGCACUUAAAGUAAAUUUAAAGCUUCAGUCUUGCUUAAAAAAAUAACAUCCUUUAUUGCUAUGCUGUGUGGUGUUGGGCCCGAGAUUACGUUACAAUUACAGCGUAAUUCUAGCACUAAAACGGAGGUUCUCAGACUAUGAUAGCUGGGCCAUCAGUGGUCCGGGGAAGCCUUUUCAAGUUUUCUGCAGAAACCUUUUCAAGAUAAAGCAAUAGGAAAGUAGAGAGAGGCCUUAUAAAGAAUCUUCCAUGUAAGAUGAAAUAGUUGAAUAAGAUUGCAGAGUAGGAAGUUUUUGUUCCUACUAGUGUGGGAUUUUGUUUUUGUUUUGAUAAAUUGUCAUGUAAUGUCUGUUGAUGUGUACACAAUUUUUUAUUCAGUGUAGCUGUGUAAAACAUCUGAUUAUUUUCAAGCAUUCCCUCUUGUUUUAGUGUUAUCAAAGUAGGAAAUAUGCCAUUUCAAUUUCUCUGCUUCAUCUUUCCAUAUCCAAUGGAGUGUUCUUUCACGGCCCAGAAAAAUCUUCACCAAUAAUGAUCCUCUUUAAGCUAGCAAGUUUUAGCCAUAGCUCUUUUGUACUAAACCCAAUAAAACCUGAAAAUAUUAAAGAUACUUUAAAUUA